UUGAUGGAUUGUGAAGUUCAUCCAUGCUUUCUCUUCGGUUUGCAAUGUUGCACGCGAUAAGAGACGCAAUUUAAUUUCGUGCAAUUGACUUAAUAGUCUUCGUAACGCUGCUCGUCACGCAGAACGCGGAAGCUGCAGACAGCAUGUGAACGUGCGGUGUUUUGGAGCGGUCGGUCGGGCAUCUGUCAGCAGUGCGGAAGAGAGAGAGAUAGAGUGGGAUGGGGCAGAGACCAUAUAUGCCACCAAACUGACUCACACGGGACUCAAACGAUGCGGAGAUAACGUCGCCAAAUAAAGUCCAGAGAUUCAACGAAACAACGGACAAAAACGUGCUCGAUUCUCCAGACCCGAUGAGCGAUUUAAAGCACUGAAAUCGAUCGAGCCAGCUGUCAGACUCAGUUCCACGACACACAGAGAUGAUCUUUCACAGCUUGAUAUCUUUAGGAGAGUGAAACUUUCUUACACUAAAGUCUCAGUGGGUUGAUUCAAAAUGCGAAAGCUGUGAUCGGACACGCGCCGGAGAUUGUUGAACAAAAGACACGCGCCCAAGUUGCUAUUUCCCUCUAACUCCAAACUGAAGUUGGAUGUGGAACAUUUAAUGCAAAAACAUCCACACCGCCCUCCUCCCUGCCUCCAAGCCCCUCUUACUGCGGUGUCAUGGCGAUGAGCAGCGAUCCAGGUUGCGUGGGUUUGGAUCACGACCCGAAUUUCUCCCAGACCACUGAGAUGACUGACAAGAUGUCCGCUGUCUCCUUAAGGUCUGAUCCCUCCUCCAAUGGAGUAAAGAAUGGCACAGGUGUUAAGAAAGCUCCGCCCCAUCGGGCACACCUGUCAGGCAGAAAGAUGUCAUUACAGGAAAGAGGGACAAACAUGUCAUCUGGCGGCGGGGCACGAGUGGCCCGACAGCCAACCAUUGAGUCCAAACGCGUGUCCAUCUCAGACUCACAGGACUGCAUCCAGUUAAACCAGUACAAGUUAAAGAGUGAGAUUGGGAAGGGCUCAUAUGGUGUUGUCAAGUUGGCAUACAACGAGGAUGAGGACAAAUAUUACGCAAUGAAGGUUGUGUCUAAGAAGAAGCUGAUGAAACAGUACGGUUUUCCACGUCGUCCUCCACCACGAGGUCCUAAAGCCGCACAGGGAGAUCAGCCCAAGGUGCUCGGUCCUCUGGAGAGAGUUUACCAGGAGAUUGCCAUCCUUAAAAAACUGGAUCACCUCAAUAUUGUUAAACUUGUUGAGGUGCUGGAUGAUCCAGCGGAGGACAAUCUUCACAUGGUGUUUGAGUUGAUGCAGAAGGGGCCUGUGAUGGAGGUUCCCACCGACAGUCCCUUCAGUGAGGACCAGGCCCGUCCCUACUUCAUAGACAUCGUUCUGGGCAUUGAAUACCUGCACUAUCAGAAGAUCGUCCACAGGGACAUCAAACCGUCAAAUUUGUUACUUGGAGAUGACGGCCAUGUCAAGAUUGCUGAUUUUGGAGUCAGUAACCAGUUCGAGGGGAACGAUGCCUUGCUCUCUAGCACUGCUGGUACUCCUGCUUUCAUGGCCCCAGAGACGCUGUCAGACAAUCGCAAGAACUUUAGUGGAAAGGCUCUAGAUGUGUGGGCUAUGGGAGUGACCCUCUACUGUUUUGUGUAUGGCAAGUGCCCGUUUAUUGACGAGUACAUACUGGCACUUCACAAUAAGAUCAAGAGCAAGCAUGUGGAGUUUCCCGAGAUUCCAGCUGUAGGCGGGGGACUGAAGAACCUGACCUUACGAAUGCUGGACAAAAACCCAGACACCAGGAUCACCAUUCCUGAGAUCAAAGUGGACCCAUGGGUAACUCAGGAUGGUGCCGAUCCAUUGCCUUUAGAGGAGGAGCAUUGUACUGUGGUGGAGGUCACUGAAGAGGAGGUGCAGAACUCUGUGAAGUUUAUUCCCAGCUUGUCAGCUGUGAUAUUGGUCAAAGCCAUGUUAAGGAAGCGUUCCUUUGGGAAUCCAUUUGAGUGUCCCAGCAGGAGAGAAGAGAGAUCCAUGUCUGCACCAGGCAGUCUGCUCAUGGACUCAUGGCCGUUCCGUCCCUCUUUUAAACUGCACCCCUCAUUAAGAAAAGGGAGCAGUGGAGAGGCCGGUAGAGAAGUUGAGCUUGAGGACCUGGAUGAGGAUGAGCCGCCCACCUCCUGAGUGACUCUGAAGCUUUCCUCAUUGUCUGCGCUUCUCCAUUCAGACAUUUCCAACCAUUUGAACAGAUCCAUGACCCAGACCACACGCCUGCAACCUGUUACAUUAAACUGGAUUAUUCUGUUGCAUGUCUUCAGUGGUACAAGAAUCAUAAAGUAAGGAUUCCAUUGUUCUCUCUUUUACAUUUUUGGGAUCUUUCCCAUGAUCCAUCCCAACGUUUCCUCUCAGCAUUGCUUUAAUACUGUAAGUAGAUUUCGGGAAACAAUCUACACCGGACCUGUUUUGUUUGAAAGACGGACCUUUGGUACCACAAGCUCUUCUGAACACACGUACAGCAUGGAGAAAAACUGCUGAUGAUAAUAUGGUAAAGCUCAAAUCGAUGGCAUUGAUGGAGCAUGAUGACAUCAUAAUACGCGUGCAUGUGUAUAAAAUAACAGCUGUGGAUUCUUGCCUUUUUGCACUUAAUCUAUCCCAGUCAUGUCUAAGAAUGAAAAUUGGCUAGAUAUUGGGUUUCCAUAUCUCUCGUUCUUUUUCUUUCUUUUUAUACCAUUAAUAAUUUCUCACCUCACACACACACGGGUGGAGAAGCUUGAAUCAAAGGGGCUUACGAAUUCACUAAACACUAAUACUAAAAACUCUCUUUGUGUAAAUAUGUCCGUCACAAAAAAAUGCAAAUCAGAAAAGAUUUGAGAAAACAGGGCUUAUUAAUGAAACGUGGACCGUGUUUCCCAUUAUCCUUAAACAGGGCUUAUUCUCCACGUUUGUGAAUGUAAAAACCCCUGAAUCAAGUUACACAGGAUGCACGUCUCUCAUGUCAGUGUUUCGUCUGUACUGGAGCGAUAUGUGUCAUUGUUUACCGAGUCUAAGCAUUCCAAGAGGCCUGUUUGUCAGUCACAUGAGCAAAAACAUAGCACAGAAGCGAAUGAGCGUGCGUGGAAGGAGAGGGAGUCACUUUCACUCAAAACAGACAAGCCAAUUGAGGGUAGGAUCUGAAUACGAUGUUUAGCUCGGGAAGGAAAGUAAACUGCCAUUCAAUGUCAGCACGGACCCUCUCAGCUCAGAUUAACUUUGUACAAACAAUACGCCUUGUUUACGUCGAAUCAUCUGCCAGCCGAAGACAUCUUCUCUCCGAAUACUACAAGUAAAAGAGAUGCUUACUGGACGACCACUGUCAUCGUGCAUUUGGAGUGUAUUUAACUUAUUUGUUAUAAUAGUGAAAUUGUUUUAAAAGAUUUUUGCAUGAAUUAAACUGCAUUUUUAAUUUGGUCAGGGGUCAGUUUUUUUUGUAACGGAAUCGCUAGCCCAAAUUUGAAAAUUCUCUCAUAAGUUAUUUAGAAUUUAAAGAAGUUUAUUUAGAGAUUCAUAUGUGUUAAAUAAAAGUUUGUCUUAAACUCAAGAAAGAAAGUCGUACACAUCUGGGAUGGCAUGAUGGUACAUUAUAAGAGAUUUUUGUAUAUUUGCCUGAACCGUUCUUUAAAUUAGUAAUGCAAGUUGUCAAUGCUUACAGGAAACCUUACACACAUGUCAAUCUUUUAAAUGACUCAUUAUUGCUUAUAUGAAGGUGAAUUGAUCCUUUGCGCUGACCCACUUUCAUUAUAUUCUUACUAAAAUCUUUCUCUCUCUCUCCUGCCCUCUUUUUUAUGCACACACCUUUCAUGCUUCUUGUUCAUCUAAAACCGAAUUCAACAGCAAAAGCAUUUUCAGUGCCAAACUGGUCUUUUUAUGGUCUUAUGGAGUCGUGUGUUUGUUGUGUUACUGUAGAUGUAGUGAGAUUCUGUAUGUGGUACUCAGGGUCUGGACAAUGCUGUUCUUGGAAUACAGAGAGAUUUGAGUAGCAUAUUCCUUGUUCAGGAGCUGUGUUUAUGUGUGUGAAUUUCCAAAUUCUCGUUUACUUUUGCAUACGUUUGUUACUUUACGUUUCCCUGAUGUACAGUACUUAUCGAUGUAUGCUAUGCACCUCUUCCGUGUCUUGACGUAUGGCAUGUCUCUUUACUUGCUAUAACCUUUUAUUAGCUUUUACAAACCUCACUUCGGGUUUGUUAAAGUUUUUGAUAUCUUUAUGAAGAAGCAAACCUUGAUCUCAAAAACCCCUUUAAAUUUUUCCUGGAGAACAUUUUGUAUAAGCUAAACAUAUGCAGCAGUCUAUAUAUGGCAUACCUCUGUGUGAGCAAUGGACUUAAGUGCUACAGCUUUAUUUCUUAUUUCGGGUCACAGCUCAUGUGCAAUAGAUAGCAGGCAUGGUCACCCAUUUACCAUUUCUGUAUACACACACACACAUGCAUAAUGUUUUCUGUUGUUAACGUGAAUCUCUAAAGGAAGGAUUAAAAAGUGGCUAUUUUGAACUGUGUAGCUCCUGUCAUGAAAGUGAUUUAAAUGUUUCUUUUCUAACGAAAGUUGAAGUUGAAGAACCUUUAAAACAUAUAUCAGAAUUGACUGCUGUAUAUAAAUCAUAAAAUGCUUAAAUACCUGCAGUCUGAAUGCGCAGUUAUUUGUGUCCGAGUGCCUGAUAUUGCGGGUUAUUUAUAUUGCAUUGAUCUGAAUGUAACUGAAUUUAAAAAGUCUGAGAAAAUAAGACAAAAACAGCAUGGCCUGAGAAAGCACUGAAUGCAACUCUUUUGUAAAUAUGUAACAAAGCAUAUAAAGAUGUUAUUUUUUGCAUGCUUUUUGUACACAUAGACAUAAUCAAAAACAAUAAAGAUAUCACAAAUGA